UGUUGACGUUUCCGGCAGGAGCAGACAUAUUGCUUACAAGAGCAAUUUCUGGAAAGCUACACUAGAGAGCGGAUUUAUAAGUCCUAUAUUUGUUCCUCUUAGAAACUCUUCAGUCACACAGAAGACCAUGGAGCCGUCAGCCAGUCCGGCCAAGGAUAACUGCAGGAUGAACCGCUACAAAAACAAAGCACUGAACCCCGAGGAGAUGAGGCGCAGGAGAGAGGAGGAGGGCAUCCAGCUUAGGAAACAGAAACGGGAACAACAGCUUUUCAAAAGGCGAAAUGUUGAUAUUGUCAAUGAAGAUGAAGCCAUGUUUGAAAGUCCACUGGUGGAUGCCUACCUCACCUCCCCAGUAACAGAAGGAGUUAUAACAAAAGAGAUGGUAGAGAUGCUUUUCUCUGAGGACCCAGAGCUUCAACUUGCCACAACACAAAAGUUUAGGAAACUUCUGUCCAAAGAGCCUAAUCCCCCUAUUGAUGAAGUUAUAAAUACACCUGGCGUUGUGGAGAGAUUUGUGGAAUUUCUAAAGAAGGGUGACAACAGCACUCUACAGUUUGAAGCUGCGUGGGCUCUCACAAACAUUGCAUCGGGCACUUCAAUGCAGACAAAGACCGUGAUUGAGGCCGGUGCAGUGCCAGUCUUUAAAGAGCUCCUUAACUCAGACUUUGAAGACGUCCAAGAGCAGGCUGUAUGGGCCUUGGGUAACAUUGCAGGAGACAGUGCAGUAUGCAGAGACUAUGUGCUGAACUGCCAAAUCCUUCCACCUUUAUUAUUGCUUUUGACCAAAUCCACUAGAUUGACCAUGACUAGAAAUGCAGUUUGGGCUUUAUCCAAUCUCUGUAGGGGAAAGAACCCUCCACCAGCUUUUGAAAAGGUUUCCCCCUGUCUGCCUGUGCUCUCCAGGCUUUUAUUCAGCAGUGACCCGGACCUACUGGCCGAUGCCUGCUGGGCCCUAUCUUACCUCUCAGACGGCCCCAAUGACAAGAUCCAGGCUGUGAUCGACUCCGGGGUCUGUAGGAGACUCGUGGAACUGCUCAUGCACACUGACUAUAAGGUGGCAUCCCCUGCUUUGAGAGCUGUGGGCAACAUUGUCACAGGAGAUGACAUUCAGACACAGGUUGUGUUGAACUGCUCUGCCCUCCCCUGCCUCCUGCACCUCCUCAGCAGUGCCAAGGAAUCCAUCCGAAAAGAGGCCUGCUGGACCAUUUCAAACAUCACCGCUGGAAACCGGGCUCAGAUACAAAAAGUAAUAGAUGCCAACAUUUUCCCAGUGCUAAUUGACAUUCUACAGAAAGCAGAGUUCAGAACCAGGAAAGAGGCUGCCUGGGCUAUCACCAAUGCAACUUCGGGGGGUACACCAGAACAAAUAAGAUACUUGGUGAACCUGGGCUGCAUAAAGCCUCUGUGUGACCUGCUCACUGUCAUGGAUUCCAAGAUUGUGCAGGUGGCUUUGAAUGGACUGGAGAACAUCCUGAGGCUGGGUGAACAAGAGGCCAAGCAGGACAACAAUGGCACUGGAGUCAACCCUUACUGCGCUCACAUUGAAGAAGCUUAUGGUCUAGACAAGAUUGAGUUUCUUCAAAGCCAUGACAACCAGGAGAUCUACCAGAAGGCGUUUGAGUUGAUCGAGCACUACUUCGGAGGAGAGGAUGUGGACAGUAAUCUGGCUCCACAAGUGGACCAGGCCAAUCAGCAGUACCUGUUUCCCCAACAGGAGGCUCCCAUGGAGGGCUUCCAGCUAUAGGUUCCUAACCUCUUCAAAACCACCCCUCAAACCCCUUCUAUAUCCCCAACCCCCGACUCAAGGCUCCCAGUCCCUGUUACCUGUAGCGCCAGAGUCUUACUGGAGAAUUCCUCUAAUGUUGAUUUCCUACCCCUAAAUCCCCCACACCCCUGCUCUCUUCAGCCAACGGACUGUCACUUAACAGGGCAGACUAGUGUGGUACCUAGGACUAACCUGUUGCUUUAAAUCAAGCCCUGGCUUUAGCGCACAUACAGUACCUUCUGCCAUGUGAUGGCUUCUAUUCCUUCUGUGGUGGUAAUGAUUAGCUCUUGAUCUACACUUUCUUAUUUCUUUUAUUAAUUGGACAUUCCAUUUAGAGAAAUGCUGAGGCAUCUUCCUAAAGGGAUGCUGUGGGAAUUAUUCCCAGUUUUCUUUGUCAAUCUGACAUCAUGCAAUUGAAAGAAUUGUAUACCCUUAUCCCCAUUUUUGCUUUAGAUUUAUUUAACCCCAACCCUAAUUUAUCUUUUUAAGUGUUUUUUUCUCCUUGAUUUCUGUUGAUGAAAUAUGGUACUUGGAGACUCUUUUAGUCUUGGUGCCAUGCUCAACAUAUCUACAAAUGGAACUAGUCCACAAAAAGAGGGAAGAGGCUGCUAUAUGAAUGAGAGUAAAGUCAGAUCUUUUCCUUGUGAUAAAUACAUCUAUGGUGGGGGGUAAAAACAAAAUGGUAAAAAGGGCUGAAAUUAUAUAUUUGAUAUAGGUUCGGGUUUUGAUGACAAAAAAAAAUCUUGUGGGUGGUAUAGCUAGAGAUCCAAUGUUCGUCGUGUGCCGUGUAAUUAAUAAUGAUUUGAAUUAUGAAGUGAUCUAACCUAUGAAAUAAUGGCAUAGCUGUGGGGAUAGAACAUAGGGCAGUAAAGGCUUAUGUUUAGGGAAAAAUAUGCAGAGGCAAAAAUGUUAUUUGUUAAAAGAUGACAUUUUUAGCAUUUGCUUUUCAAUCUUUUUUUCUUAAGCUUGCCGCAAGUCGCCGCUCUAUCCCCCAGUAGUCGCAGUAGGUGUUUUGCAUGGUGUUCUAAUGCCCUGCCUACUGUCACACAAUAUCCCUGGUCAAACGCACUGUAGGCCGAAUGACAGAGAGGUCGCAGGAAGUGACGAGAAAUGCUACUAAUCACGUUUGGACUGAACAGUAAAUUUAGCGUUUAUUGUUAAGCAGUGAUUGUGAAGUAACAUUGGUGAUGUAUUGUAUAGUGGUAGAGCUGAUAUGUAAUCCAUAACAUGUAUCACUAUAUUCAGUGCUUGGGAAUGAAGCCGUAAAGAUUUGCAUGGGUCUAUUGUGGUGUAGAAUAUGUAUAGUCAAUUUUGAAACUGACUAGAAAAAGUAUCCUCCUUCUUUAUUCGUGUACAGCUGGAAAAUUUGGCCAGGGAUAUGCAUCAAACUAGUGACAAGCCUAACUGCAGCUGAAAUUCAAGUAGAGACUUGGAUUUUCUAUAAUAAUUCUAUAUAAUUGCACACAGAUCAUGCACACUUACAUACAACACCAGCCUACACUGUAUACGCACGACACCUCACACAGAUUAGUGGACAGCAGACAGCUAUGAGUUUCCGGAUGACAGGUAAAGAGUUCUGUUUAGUUUAAAGAAGCUGAAAGGGCGUUUGGUGUGCGCUUUUUUUUUUUUUUUUUUUUUUUUUUAAUGAAGAAUUUUUGUUUUAUCCUUUUUGAAAAAGAUGUAAAUUAGACUGUCUCUGAAAACUCCUGGUUGACUGUUGGACACGUGACGUAUGAUUUGGUCGAAGUCUUGUGGCGCCUGAUGAUUCAGAGGUUAGUAUAGCAUCUUACGGAGCUGUCCCUGGAUCAGUGUUGGGCUUUGUGGAAGGAGCUGAGCUGUGAUUGUGUGAUGUUUGACUGACGGGCACUGUGUGAGGAAGAGCUGUGACUCCGACUGUCCCCAUCUGAGCAUAGGAGCUCCUGUUCUGUGGAUUUCACCACUAAAUUAUUGCAUUACAUGCAAUUGAAGCUAUUGUGUUGAGAACUGAGUUUGAGUAUAAGCAAGAGCUUUCAAGCACAUACUUGUAAAGGAUCUGUAUUCAUAUUUCUAAAUGAUAUCCACUGAGCUGAGCUCUUCUGGCUGGCAUAAAAGGUCAAACAAUGUAAUAGUCAAUAAUAAUUUGUCUCUACAUAAGGUUUCUGUAGAGUCUUCGAUCAUGACCACCUCUGUGUGGACACCACUAUUGCCAGAAGAGAUGCUAAAAUCUUAGUUUCUAGUGAAAAUGCACGCCUAUUCACUAAAGUGCCAAUCCGACCAACAAAGACUGGAGGUUCUUGUGUAUCUGUCUUUAGAUUCUUUUCUUUUGAUCUUUAUUUACUUGAAUGUGCACACAUUUUGUGCAAAAUAUUGCUGCUCUAUUUUCUUCUAUAAAGUUACAUUAUUUGCCACUGUUUUAUUGUAAGUGGCACAUUUUACUGUGGGCACCUAUAAAAGGAGUACAAGACAUAAGAAAUAUUGGCUAAAAAUAGUCCCCUCAUUUUCGUAAUGGCUUUCACUGUGUUCAGCUAAGCUGUAGUCAUAUCUGAUUAUUUGACUCUUCUCUUAUCUCAUGCAGGUACUUGCCUUGUUUUCAGAGGUGGUUUACCAAAGUUGAUCACCUUAAAUGCUGAUCGUAAAAUACUUGAUUUCCCAUAUGAGUAGUACACAAGUAAUCUGCAUGUGCUGACCCAGUUGGUUCAACUGUGAUUUUGAAUCAGGUCAUUUGAAGUGGCUUCUUUUGAUUAGAAGCCGUAAUGGAUCAGUCAUUUUCUUAGCACAUUUAUUUUUGUGAAUCUUACAAAGUCUUGCAAUAACUACAACUCUAAAUCUGACUCAAACCCUCCAUGAACUGCUGUCACGGGUGACACUCCUUACACUGGGUGCAGCUAGCAGAAAUUACUUGACAUUUUCUAAUAUAAUCUGGGAUUCAGAAAUUGUGCAGUGAUUUACAUUAAAAGUAUUUAAGUUAAAUUAUAUGUAUGUUCUGAUACAUUGACAGGGAUUCAAAUGCAAUUCUGAUCACUUCUGAGAAGUGGAAAAGCCUCACUAGAACAUGGUUUCACAGGAAAGUUCAAGUAAAAGCCUUUUUUCCUGAUCCAGUUAUCCUGGACUAUUUUUGUGCAUCAUUUUCUUUAGACUAAGUUUGUCCUAGUCUCUGCAUGAUCAGGAACAUUUAAGGUAUUGAAAAGGCAAUUCAAAUAUCUCCAAUCUGUCUUCCGUCCUAGAAGCUGUUUGUCUUUACUGAAACCUACAGUCAUACUUGGCUCUGUCAAGUAAUGUCUACACUACAAAUGUUUACAAUCCCACAUGUUUGUAAAAAAUACUUUUCAUAUGCCAUUACUGACUAUUGUCCUAAUGUAAAUUCUCCUCUGGUCCUUGCAUUUCUUUUACAUGUAUUUAUUUUCUCUUUUUCUGUUUUUGACUUUUGCUUUGCUCAAAAAUGACCUAUUAUACUGUGACUUGACUGGACCGACGGUAUGAAUGAGUGACGAGAAACAAAUACACUUCCACUGAACAUGACACACAAACAUGAACAUGGAAAAGUACAUUCUGCUACAAUAUGAAAACUGUAAAAAAAAAAAAAAAAGUAUAUUGAAAUUGUCCAGUGCAAAUACUGUACAAAUAAAGUUAUGUUGCAAAUUUAAAA